UCCAGUUACUUAAAAUUAUCACAGAUUAUCAUCACAUGCCACGUUCGUUUGUAGGUCGGCAACGAAUCAUGAUGGUUCAAAUAGAAUUAUUCCUGUCUUUUUUUAUUUUAAUCGUUUGCAAUUUGAGUUCCGCAGACGACAUAAGCAUGAAAAAAUUCCCGGACAACUUCAUGUUCGGGGCGGCCACCGCCGCCUAUCAAGUGGAGGGCGGCUGGAACGACGACGGCAAGGGUGAGAACGUGUGGGACCGCAUCGUCCACACCAAUCCGUCGUUCAUCAAGAACGGCGAUUCGGGCGACGUGGCCUGCGACUCCUACCACAAGUACGAGGCAGACGUGCGUCUGCUGAAGGACCUCGGCGUAAAUCACUACCGUUUCUCCCUGUCCUGGUCGCGGAUCCUGCCCACGGGCUUCAAUAACCGAGUCAACAAGCCGGGAGUUCAGUAUUACAGGAACCUGAUCGGGAAACUGUUGGAGAACGGCAUACAACCGAUGGUGACGUUGUUCCAUUGGGAUUUGCCGCAGCCUCUGCAAGACUUAGGUGGCUGGACUAACUCUUUGUUGAUUGAUAUUUAUGCGGAGUACGCCAGGGUGGUGUUCAGGGAGUUGGGGGACCUAGUGAAGCUGUGGGCUACGUUCAACGAAAUCCGGCAGGUGUGCGAGGAGGGCUACGGUUCCGGUUCUUUGGCACCCGCCGUCAAAAGUCCGGGUUUUGGGGACUACAUGUGCACCCACAACGUCAUCAAGGCCCACGCCAAGGCCUAUCACAUUUACGACGACGAAUUCAGGUCCAAACAAGGAGGACGAGUCUCGGUGGUCUUCGACAGCGAUUGGUUCGAACCGAUGACCAACAGUACCGAGGACAUUGAGGCGGCCGAAACCAGACUGCAAUUCAGUUUUGGUUGGCACGCGAAUCCAAUCGUCAACGGCAACUACCCCCAAGUGAUGAUCGACAGGAUCGCCGAGAGGAGUGCGAAGGAAAACUUUCCAGGAUCCAGAUUGCCCACCUUCACUGACGAUGAGAUCGAAUACAUCAAGGGAACUUACGAUUUUAUGAGCGUGAACUCUUACAGCACAUCCCUCGUAAAGAAACAAGAAGACACUGACUACAGUACUCACAGCUGGUUCAAGGAUAUGGGCAGUACUGCGUACAAAGACGAAAGCUGGGAAGGUUCUGCCACGUCUUGGCUUAAGGUUGUUCCUUGGGGAAUGAGGAAGCUACUGGUUUGGAUCAAGGACACGUACAACAAUCCUGAAAUCAUGAUAACAGAGAAUGGAAUUUCAGAUAAUGGUACCACUUUGCAAGAUGAUUUUAGAAUUAACUAUUACAGACAAUAUUUAAGUAACAUUUUGGAUGCAAUGUAUGAAGAUGGAGUUAAUGUGACAGCAUAUACAGCUUGGAGUCUUCUAGAUAAUCUCGAGUGGAUUAAUGGAUUUACAGAGAAAUUUGGUUUGUAUCAUGUAGAUUUUGAAAGUGAUAACAGAACUAGAACUGCAAAAGCUUCAACUGAAUACUACAAAAAGGUGAUUGCAACUCAUUGUCUUGUAGACAAUUGUGAAUAAUGAUGCAAUUAAAUUAAUUAAUUAAACCACAUUCUGUGUUUUAACUCCACAUACAUAUGAUAUGUGAUUGUUAUAUAACGAUUUAUGAAAAGGGGUGAACUUUUCAGCUCAUUGUUUAUGUAUGUUACUGAAAUAAAAUGAAUGAAAAAGUGG